AUGCUCCUUGUGCGAGCAAUGGCGAGCGGGCAGCUUUUCGACGUCACGAGGGAGGUCAAGUCCGACCACGACAACGUCCGCGAUCUCUUUGCGCGAUACCAAUCCACUAACGACCGCACCAUGAAGACCGCCAUUGCAAACACUCUAGUGCGCGAGAUGGAGAUCCACAACGACGCAGUGGACAUAUCGGUCUACAACUACUAUGAGACCGCCGGGAUGGGCGACAUGGCGUCGCAGAACAAAGCGGAGCUCAUGAAGGUGCGGGAAUACGCGUUGAAGGCCGAGGCGACGCCCCUGUCAGAGGAGUACGACAGAGCCCUGGAGAAAGCGUUCCGCGUGUUCGAUGACCAUGCACAGGACGAGGAGCAACGUCAGCAUCCGCUCUUGAAGAAGAAGCUGUCGGCGGAGGACAACGACAAGAUUGCGCGCUCAUUCCUGAAGGCGCGCAAAACCGUUGCGCCGCGUCCGCGCCCUCUGACGCCCCAGAUGACCAACGUCGCCGAGAAGGCACAGGAGCUCCGAGGCAGGGCCCAUAGUGAGGUCGGCGAGGAACCAACAAAUCGCAUGUUUGUGGACGUCAAGCAUGCCCAUCCUACGAUAUGA